AUGACCUCCCACGCACUUUGUCGCUGCAUUUGUGGAUCCAGUCGGCUGAACGAGCAGCUCGAGCGUGCAGGGGAGGUGGUCGCACACGGGCCCCGAAAGCCGGAACCAGCGCCUGAGACCGACGUGAUCUCCUACAACUACCCAAUUCAAGGGCGCUUGUCCUAUUCGCUCUUGGCAGACCAGCCUCUCAGAGGUGCGCCCAUUCGAGAGGGUGACCUAUGGCACUUGUCCACCGAGGAAAGGGUAGAUCCUGUGCAUGUCUCCUUGCACAUCAAUGGAUUUAGGUUCUACCUGGACGGUGCAGAAAUGGCCAUAUCCUUAUCCCCUUUCACACUUGUGCGCAACUGCAAGUUCCAAAGUACUUAUCCCAUGCUCAAUGUGGCUGACUUCAAAAUAUUCAAGGUGUCCUUGUUUGCUCAAGGGGCCUGCUACUACUUCGGGGUUCGUGGAGAGAAUGAGCGGGAAGCAGAGGAACUUCGAUCCCGCUGGGUGCUUGACAUUUCUCGUGCUAUGCGCCUGGUUACCCAAACGCUCUUCCCGCCCUUCCAAAUCUCCUGUCGUCCUUUGGACGUAGUGCCUUCUACCCACUCGCGCUUGAUGGCUGGAUACUUGGUGCAUUUUGAUGACUGCUUCACGGCAUCGGUCCUCUACUGUGAGUUGCAUGUGCAGACACAGCAGGACCACACCAAAAUCAUCUUGUACGAGAAUGAAAGCUGUCGGCAGAAGCUUGCAGAAAUCUACGUGACCGACCGGUCCAUCUGCUGUGAGAAGAUUGGGAUCAAUUGUAGCUGUUUCUCAGUCGAGGACCAUCAGUUCUCGGCCAGGAGCCUGGGUGAGCGCAAGCUAUGGCUACGUGCAAUUUCGAACCUGAAGGUCAAACUGCAGAACAGUGCUCCAGUCCCUUCUCAAACCGAGACCUGUCAGUACAGAGAGGCCGUUCAGGAGCAUGCAAAGCAGCAUGCAGUGCACGAGGGGCAUGCCAAGACAGAUGCUUUGUUGCAGCGGACAUUCAUUCGACCGCUGGGCUCACCAAGCGAGGCGUGUCAUGGUACACUGGGUGCGCUGCCAGUGCCGCCAGUGCCCCCUCUUGCUGAGGAUUUCGACAGGCCGGGCCAAGCAGAUGGGCAGGGUGGGCCCGGCGUCCUUGGACCGCUGCCGGCCAUACGCAGCCCCUCCGCACACACAGAGGAGACACACCCUCUGCGACGGUCCUCCUCAUUGUCCGAGCCACUGAGGAAACUCUCCCACGUCUGGCUGAGGCCAACACGGCCAAGGAGCAAAUCCUUCAUGGUGCCGCGGCCAGUGCCCAAACCGACGGGAGGCUGA